GUUAAGCCGCAAUUUCACUUUCAAUUUAUUCAUUUAAUCACAAUCCUAGCAGUCUUCGAUCGUUUGGGUCGUGUUUAUUAUAGAAACGACCGAGAAAAAAAUAUUGAAGCCCUAUUAUUUGAACAGUAAACGCCAAUAUAAAUCGAAGAUGGAGAUUGAAAUAUUGACCACUGUGGGGUCAAAGUCUCUCGGUAAAAUAACAUUAAAUGACGACGCCACUAUACAAAAUGUAAAAGAAAAAAUUUAUCAAAACCUUAAAAAAUCCCUUUACCCUGAAAGGCAAGCAAUCAAACCGGAAGCGAAAGGAAAGUCACUGAAGGAUGAAACUACUCUAAAAUCUCUGAAUAUCCAAGAUGGUUCUAAGCUAUAUGUCGCAGACCUUGGGCCACAAAUAUCUUAUAAAAAUGUAUUUUUAGCUGAAUAUGCUGGUCCAUUGUUUGUAUAUCUUUGGGUUUAUCAAAGGCCAUGGAUCUUGUAUGGGGAACAAACAUCAUCACCAGGAACUGUUGCUAAUAUAGCAGCUGUAUGCUGGACUUUCCACUAUGCUAAAAGACUGUUGGAGACAGUUUUUGUCCACCGUUUCUCACAUGGCACUAUGCCCAUUCGUAACUUAUUCAAGAACUGCACAUAUUACUGGCUGUUUGCUCUAUACAUCGCCUACCAUGUGAAUCAUCCACUCUUCACUGCACCAUGCAAUGUUUGUGUGUAUGUGGGUCUUGCAGGAUUUGUUUUAUGUGAACUGGGCAAUCUGAGCAUUCAUUUGCUGCUAAAGAAUCUCCGUCCUCCUGGUACCAAAGUGAGACGUAUCCCUAUGCCUGAUGGAAAUCCGUUCUCACUGCUUUUGAAUUACGUCUCCUGUCCUAAUUAUACAUAUGAGUUUGGCUCUUGGGUAUUUUUCACCGUUUUGACCAAAUGUGCACCAGUGGGUAUAUUUGCUGCAGUUGGAAUGUACCAGAUGUCAGUUUGGGCUAUCAAUAAACACCGCAACUACAAGAAAGAGUUCCCUGACUAUCCCAAGAGCCGUAAAGCUAUCCUCCCUUUCAUUCUCUAAACAUAUUCUUUAAAUUAAAUUGACGUAGUAUAUUGUAACGCGAUAACUUAAUGCAAAUAAAAUGAGAAAAAUUGAAAUUUUCAAUUAGCUUUUUAAUGAAUGAGCAGCUUUAUGUUAAAAGAUAUUGUAUGUUCCCAUUUUUAAGUAAUUAAUGCUUUAAAUUCUUAUUGAUAUGAACUGUUUAGGUGACGGCUACUAAUCAAAAGUGGGUCUCCGGGUCUGUCUCUCUUUUGUCAUGCAAAGGACAAAUAAGUUGGGAUAAUAAUAUAUUUUAAUUUCCUUUGUAAUUUUAAUAAUCAUUCUAU